AUGAGUUCAACAACUGACGAAAUAUACACAAAAAUUUUUGAACAACUUUUACUUAUUAACAAACAUCAAAUAUAUUCUCUUCAUUUAUGGAUAUUGCAGAACGAACAUUUUUUCUCAUCGUUUCCAAUCGAUUCGUCAUUAGAUCAUCUUGAAUCACUUGCUCUUACUCGCAUUAAACUAACUACACUUAGUUCACUUCUUUCCAAUUUAACUUAUCUACCUCGUUUAUUCUCAUUAACAAUCGAUGCAUGGCGUACGUUAAAAGAUUUAAGUGAUGUCUAUCGAUUGAUUUUUACUUUGCCAAAAUUGAAAUAUAUAAAAUGUAUAGCAGAAGAUUUGAAAAGAUCCAUUUCGUUACCAUUUGCUUUAAAAAAUCAAACGAGUACAAUUGAACAUCUUGUUAUUGAUCAUUCUUGUACUUUCAAGGAACUUUCUACUAUAUUAUCUUAUACACCUCAACUUCGUCAUCUAUAUUUUUCACAUCUGAACGAUAGUUAUCCAAUCAUUCAAAUUACUAUAUUACCAAUGAUAUUAUCAAAUUUAUCGUAUAUUUCUUUCAACGUGUAUUAUAUAAGAUUUGAUGAAUUUAAAAUGUUCAUUACAAAUAUAAACUGUAGAUUGAAAGUAUUAUAUUAUACUACUCGAUCUCAAGAUGUGACUUUUCUUGAAACUAAUCGAUGGGAACAAUUAUUUCAACGAUACUUUCCUCGAUUAGAAAAGUUUCAUUUUCAAUAUUACAGACCGUUGGAUUUUGAAUAUAUAUCCCCAAUAUAUCCUGAAGAUCCUAAUCCAUUCAUUUCGUCAUUUUGGAUUGAACGAAAAUGGAUAUUGGAAGCUGAAAUGCGUUCAUUCGAAGUUGUAUAUUCAAUUCGUCCAUAUAAAAAAAGAUGGUAUGAUGACAAUUCUUCUUCGGAAAUUUUUAAAUCUACUCGAUUUACAGUUACAUGUCUUCCUCGUAAAGAAGAACUAGAAAUAUUAAUGAUGAAUAUUAGCAGCAUUUUAACAUUGACACAAAUUUAUCAUUUAGAAAUUCCUGAAAGACAAAUCUGUUCUAGUUCAUUAAUCAAUAUUAUAAAUGUAUUGUCUAAACUUGAUUCAUUCAAAAUUCAUUCUUUAUCAUUAUCAUCAACAAGAAAUUCAUCUGUCGAAGAAAUAGCUCUUCGUAAUGUAUCAAUUAAAAAUAAAAUAACAAAAGUUUGUCUUGAAAAAAUGAUUGAAAUAGAAGAAAUUUAUUAUCUAAUGAAACUUUGUCCUCGUAUGAAUUAUCUUCAAGUCGAUUAUAUAAAUAAUAUUAAUAUUGAAUUAUUUGUACAAGAUAUUUUACAAAAAGUUCAAAAUGAACACAAUCAAUAUCUUCGUUCAUUAUGUUUUAUGGUUCCAACAAUAGAAAAUGAAAUGGUUAAAAAAUUAGAAGAAAUGAUUCAUUCUCAAAAAUCAUUCCUUCAUUAUAUGAUUAAACGUCAUUAUACGAUUAAUCGUGUAGUAAAUAGUAUCUAUUUGGAAUGGAAAUGA